UCAGUCUAAAAACUCUGUAAAAUGGAGAUGAAGUUUUAAGAAGUUUCUUAAGACUUUUGAUGAUUUACUGCUAGAGAGAAGUCCUUAGAUAAGAUGAACUGGCUGUUGCAUCUGGUUCUCGGAGUCUUCCUGACGAUUGUGAUGGCCGACAACGAACCCUAUGUGUGCGAUGGAAAGGACGACAGGGUCUGCGAUGAGUAUCGAUGCAUUUGUCGCAGAAGGACUACAGAACGGUAUCCCAGAACAGAUUAUGAAUUUUAAGCGAGAAAUAUUAAUUAAAAAAA